CAUGGUAGAUCAAGAGCACAAUGAGGGUGUGGACUUACUCUACUCCAUAUCUUACUUUUGGCUGAUCCCCCUAUGCAUAUUCACAACAGUGUUUGUGGGAUCUGUUGUGUCUGUCCUAACCGGACGACCGGACCCUGCCGAUGUUGACGUCCGCUACAUUCUGCCCUUCUUUGAUUACUGCUGUCCGUGUCUUCCUCAGAGAGUAAGGAAAAUGUUGUAUGGUGGAGUAAGAUUUGAGGAGAGGAAAGCUUGGUUAAAGAGUCGAGACCAGAAACAUUUAUCUUACGACGAAAUUACAAUCAAGCCAACAGAAGAAAAACUCGUCGGUCAGGCCACUUCCCAUUCAACAGAACCAAAACUUUUCUACAUAUCCGCCAAUUCGACGAGGGAACUCGGUGAACAUAAUACAUCUUCACAAGCGGAAGUAAAUCCUGUCAUUGAUAACACACUACCGCAUUCAAGGACAGAACAACUCCAUGACAAUAAGUAUACCGACUCCACAGGGGAACAACUCCGUGACAAUAAAUAUAUCAACUCGACCCACUUCUAGUGAAACGUACUAGGACGUAUCUAACAUUUUCUUCCAUCGACACGUUCAAGGUACAAUCACCAUUACAUGUCGUUAUUGGUUCCACUCAACGAAAUAACAACAUAUGUUCAUUAUACGACGGUUA